AUGAUGAGCUCGAAAAAAGUAAUUUCGUCAUCUGAAAAGCGCAUUGAUAACCAUGCACAGUCGUGUCCACCAUUGGAUUACUCAUUUCAUAAUGCUCAACAACUCGAAGACGCUGUCGUCGAGCCACGUAUUUUAGCAACUGGACCGAAGCUAACUAAGGAAGGCGAUCGAUACAAUUCGUAUGGAAUUAAUCUGAACCAUAAUGCUUUGCAUGGUCCGCUGGAAACCUUUCCGGAAUUUGUUCGAUCGACUCUGGUGAAUCCAGAUGCUCUGUCGACGUUAGAUUUAUCAUUCAACUUAUUCACUGAAAUCCCGAUGGUUGUAACUCAAUUUCCUGCACUGAAAUGUUUUUACUUUCAUAAAAAUAUCCUCACGGAUAUGAAUGAAGUUCAAAAACUAGCUCCAUUGAAACAAUUGAAAUAUUUGACGUUGCAUGGAAAUCCAAUUGAAAUAACAGUGCCUUUUUUACGUUCGUAUGUUUUAUGUCUGCUACCCGGUUUACGUAGUUUGAAUUGUACGCCUGUCACUAAAGGUGAUCGAAAAACUAGUGAAGUUUGGGGAGGAAUGAAUAGAGAUUUACUUCCAAAAUAUACAAAUAAAAAGACAAAAUAA